GCAUGACGCGCUCUCACACAUGUCCACGCGCGCCAGCCGCCCAGCUCUCAUCGCCUCGACGCUUCGAACACCGCCGCCCACGCUGAUAAUAACAUGUCGGAGCGGCGCUCGAUAGGUUCUGCGCCGGGCUCCGAAACUCCAGAGAGUGCGCACCGACGAGAGCGCGCGGCCAUCGCUGCCCAGGCAUGCCAAACCUGCCGGAAUCGGAAAAGUAAAUGCGACGAGCAAAGACCCAAAUGCGGCCUUUGCACCCGCCUCGGUGUGGAAUGUGUAUAUCGCGAGCCUCUGCCGACAAAGAAAGACAAAACCUUGGUGCACAUCCUCGACACGCUGACCCGUCUCGAAAAUAAAUUCGAUACGCUCGCCAUCGGCUCUGCAGGACCCUCGUCCGCCACUCCGCCCACCAAACCAGAUCCUGCCGUCCAGAGCGCAAGCAGACCGCGUGAAGCUCGUCGAGAUUCGUUCCCGCGCGAGCUUCGCCAGUAUUAUCGACAUCUAACCGUGCCCCACAAGAUCAUCCUGUGGCCCAGCAUCUAUCUGCAUCUGAUCAACACCGGCAUUCAGGCCACCGCCGACCUGCAAUAUGUCCUCCAGGAAGGGACACCAUGGUUCAUUCGCCUGGAGAUGGGAAAGCAUGCACGAGCCCUGGCCUCCGACCUCGCGCUGCCCUUCUACCCCAAAAACACCAACUUGAGCGAUCAAGGCUACAGCUCGAGUGUCGCCUUUCCAACCCUGACCAUUCAACAAAUCCAGGAGCAAUGCGACGCUUACUUCAACACCUUCAAUGUGCUCUUUCCACUGCUCGGCAGGGAUGCUUUCAUGAACCAAACUGUCGCCCCUCUGCUCCGCGAUGGAUAUGCCGAUGGCGACCCAGGCGCAGUCAUUGCGUUGCUUGUGUUUGCGCUCGGCCAAGUGGCGAUCGAAGGCGUCUUUCACCAACCGCUUGCCAUCGUCGACGGCCAGCCCAGCGGCUUCCGAGGCGGCUCGCUCGACAAACCUCCCGGCUUGGCCAUUUUCAACGAAGCGCGGAGACGACUUGGCUUUGUGUACACCCAGAACACUCUUGAGAACGUGCAGAUUCAUUUGCUAGAAGCCAUGUAUUAUGGUUCGACGGCGCGACAUCUGGAAUACUGGAAAUGCACCGUCGCGGCUUCCAUGUCCUGCCAAUUCCUCGUGCGCUGCCGAACCUUCCACUGGUCUUCGCUCGAGGGAGACCUCGUGAAGCGGGCGUACUGGACGUGCGUGCUCAGCGAGGACUUUUAUCACCUAGAUCUCGACCUGCCACGGACGGGCAUUGAACUUCAACAAGACGAUGUCCCGCUUCCCUACUUCCACGAGGCUCAAGAUGUUCCGGGAAAUGCCGGCCCGUUGAGUGAGGAACCAUCACACUUCCAGUAUCAUUUUCUGGCCAUGAUUGCGUUGCGAAGAGUGAUUGAGAACAUCAAUCAAGUGUUACAUCAGAGCUCCGACGAAGCCGAACAAGCCAACGACAACGGCGGUCCCCCAGUCAAGGUCAUCCACGAACUCGCACGCCAACUCGACUCCUGGCGCUCCCUGCUGCCCCGCCCACUGCAAUGGUCCGACAGUGACAUGCUCGACUUCCCCACCUCCGACCCCAACACCCGCCGGCCCAACGAGCCCCUCUUCUCCCUCGACCAAGGUUCCGUGCCUAUCGGGCACAAGUACAACCUCGACAUCGUGACCGCGCAGCUGCGCACGCGCUUCUACUACGCCCGCUUCCUUAUGUACCGCCCUUUCGUCUACAAAGCGUUGCACUUCCCGGAAGCCAUGACGGCCGAGGACGCCAACUGCUGCGCGCUCGCCAUCAAAUCGGCGUGCAUGUGGCCGAUCGCGAUGGCGCCGCCGAAGAACAAGAAGCGCCUCGUGCCGCACCUCUUCACCUGGACGCAGAACUUCAUGGGCAUCCUGCUGAUUCUGCGCAUGACGACGGAGAAUGAGUGUCUGCGGCAUAUCUGCGAGAGUCAGGUGGAUCAGGAGGAGAUUCGCAAGACCGUCACCAUGAUGCUGGAUUGGGUGCGGGAUAUGAAGCAGUUGGACGGGGUGGCGGAUUGGAGUUGGAGGAUCCUGGAGCCGUUGUAUUCGUUCAAGCCCGUUUGACGAGGGCCGGGAAUUGUCGAGGAGACUUUAGCGGCAUCUGAGCGGGCAUUGUGUUGUCAUGAGCGUGGCAUUAGCGAGGAGUUGGAGAUGCGAUGGCGUGCAUUAUUAGAUCACGUGACCUCGAAUGGCAAGAAAUGCACUAGCGAAACUCUAAAAGUCGCCGCAUGUCAAUGCAAGCAUCAGC